AUGCAGAAACUUCUUAUUUCCGCAUUCAUUGUAGCCGUGGUGGCUGGUCAAUGUUCUCUAAAAUGUCCCGAUGGAUAUUUGUCAUUCAAAAGGACACCAACUCCUCAAAAUUCCAUGACUAGUUUGUGGUGUGUCAAGACAAUCUUCCCUGAAUCCACCAUCAAUGUCACAUCUGCAAAGGCUCUCUGUGCCCAAGAAAAUUCAGUUUUGACUACUUUUGAAAACGAUGACGAACGUCAUCAAUUAUCUUCUGCUCUUUCUGCUGGACUCGCUGCUAAGAAAAUGAGCCUCGGUCAAAUGUUUGUCGAUGGACACCGCCUUCCACAGUGUCAAACUCAGGAUCGUACCAUUUUGAGAGCCUCUCCAUGUUUGGAUCCAACAACUGGAUUCACAACUGAUGAUAAGCAUACAGAUAACACUUUCAUGUUCCAGAAUUGGGCUGAUACUGAACCGAGUGCAUCUUUCUGGCAAACAGAUGUCGAAUCGUGCAUUGCUCUAGGAAUCUUUCAAUUCGAAAAGCGUAACAAGAAACUGAAUGAUAUUCAAUGUGAUUACGAUAAAUCACCGGCUAAUGCCAAGGCUUUGGAUAUGUGGAAUGUUGGUGUCGCAUGCGGACGUCUUCCAGAAUUUCAAUAA